CAUCACAUGAUCCUUUUGAUUUUGAUGAACAAUAACAAAUGAAUGCGUUUGAAUUAUUUCAGAUGUAAAGAGAAGAAGAUUGCCAUCUGUAAGGUGAAACGAUGGCAACACGGAAUCCUGUGAUCUUUGUGUUAGGCCUUGUGUGUGUCAUGCAGCUCCCUGCACCUGUGUCUAUGGCCUCCAAAGCAAUUGUCUGCCAAGAGAUCACAGUUCCCAUGUGCAAAGGCAUUGGAUAUAAUUUCACCUACAUGCCCAAUCAGUUUAAUCAUGACACUCAAGAUGAAGCUGGCUUGGAAGUUCAUCAGUUUUGGCCUUUGGUGGAAAUUCAAUGUUCGCCUGACCUGAAAUUUUUCUUGUGUAGCAUGUAUACACCCAUUUGCCUGGCUGACUAUAAGAAACCUUUGCCACCCUGUAGGUCGGUCUGUGAGAGAGCAAAAGCAGGUUGUUCUCCACUUAUGAGGCAAUAUGGUUUUGCUUGGCCGGAGAGAAUGAAUUGUGACAAACUUCCUCAGAACGGAGACCCAGAAAAUCUGUGUAUGGAUUAUAAUAGGACAGAGACCACAACACACCCACCUUCCUUUGUCAAAUCUACAUACCCACCAAGGGGAUCAAAACACUUGACUCCAAACAGGCAGCCAAACAGUGACUGUGAUGGAUUAUGUAAAUGCAGGGAACCUUUCUACUCCAUAACAAAAGAAUCCCAUCCGCUGUAUAACAGGGUCAAAACUGGCCAGGUGCUGAACUGCGCUGUGCCAUGUUUCCAGCCCUAUUUCACUCAGGAUGAGAAGACAUUUGCUACCUUCUGGAUAGGCUUGUGGUCCAUCCUCUGUUUCAUCUCAACCUUUACUACUGUUGCCACAUUUCUGAUUGACAUGGAGAGAUUUAGAUACCCAGAACGUCCCAUCAUCUUUCUAUCUGCUUGCUAUCUUUUUGUAUCCAUCGGCUAUAUUGUCAGACUUCUAGUGGGGCAUGAAAACGUUGCCUGCAACAGGGACUACAUUCAUUAUGAGACAACAGGACCAGCACUCUGCACAAUAGUAUUUCUACUUGUUUACUUCUUUGGAAUGGCCAGUUCCAUUUGGUGGGUCAUCUUGUCCUUCACCUGGUUCUUGGCUGCCGGCAUGAAGUGGGGCAAUGAGGCCAUUGCCAGCUACUCUCAGUAUUUCCAUAUGGCUGCAUGGUUGAUACCAAGCGUCAAAUCCAUCGCCGUCCUCGCUUUAAGUUCGGUGGAUGGUGACCCGGUGGCCGGAAUCUGCUACGUAGGUAACCAAAACCUAGACAAUCUUCGUGGUUUUGUGCUGGCUCCACUAGUAGUUUACCUUUUCACAGGAACAAUGUUUCUCCUUGCAGGAUUUGUGUCACUCUUCAGAAUUAGGAGUGUAAUAAAACAAGGUGGCACCAAAACUGAUAAACUGGAAAAACUGAUGAUCAGAAUAGGUAUAUUUACCGUACUGUACACUGUACCCGCAACCAUUGUUGUUGCCUGCUAUAUAUACGAACAGCACUACAGAGAAUUCUGGGAAAAAUCCCACAACUGCUCUUGUCCUGGGGACAAAAAGAGAGCCAGGCCUGAUUAUGCGGUUUUCAUGUUAAAGUACUUUAUGUGCCUAUUGGUGGGAAUAACCUCGGGCGUAUGGAUCUGGUCAGGAAAAACAUUGGAGUCUUGGAGGAGGGUCACAGGCAGAUGUUGCAGAAGCAGUAAAUCUAUCAAUGCCUUAGCAUUUAGAGAAGCCAGCACGGCACUAACAGCAAGGACUGGCUUGCCAAGUUCAGCUUUAUACCACAAGCAAGUGCCAUUAUCUCAUGUUUGAUUGGGUGUUUCUUGCACUGUAUAACUUACUGACUGCAAAAGAUGAAUGGGUCCUACAGGCGCCUCCUUUUAUGUCUCUGCCGUGCUACUGUUUACGUUGUACUCUUGACAAUUUGUACGUUUACUUGUG